AUGGUUAAGCUAGGCAAAAACUCGAAGCGGACGCCCGUCCGGUUACGACACAAGAUCGAGAAGGCUUCUGCGGCUAAGCAACGAAAGCAGAGAAAGCUUGCCAAGAAGAAUCCCGAAUGGCGCUCAAAGAUCAAGAAGGAUCCGGGUAUCCCUAAUUUGUUCCCUCACAAAGCUCAGCUUCUCCAUGAGUUGGAGGAGAGGAAGCGAUUGAAGGUCGAGGAACAGGAGCGCAUCCGUGAUGAAGCGCGCGCUCGCAAGAAGGCACAGAAGGAGUCGCAACAGGAGGGAGACGGCGCCGAAGACAUGAUGGAGGAGAAUGAUAUUGAUCUAGAGGGUGACUCCGACGAUGAAGAUAUGGAUGAGGAUGCCGAUGAUUCGUCGAACCCCAUGGCUGCGCUACUUGCCUCUGCGCGCGCGAGAGCGGCAGAGUAUGAUGAUCAACAUGAGAGCGAUGAUGACGAUGAGAUGGAUGAGGAUGACGAUGAGGAUAUGGACGGCAUGGAUGAGGACGAGGAAGAUGGUGGUGCUGCGCUGGGCGAUUCGGCUCCCCAGCUUGUUUCACAGACUCACAGCAAGGAGAGCUCUCGGCGGCAAUUCGAUAAGGUGUUCAAGCAGGUUGUUGAUGCUGCGGAUGUUGUGUUGUAUGUGCUUGACGCUCGUGAUCCAGAGGGCACCCGGUCCAAGGAUGUAGAGCGUGAGAUUAUGGCGGCAGCUGGUGGAAACAAGAGAAUGAUCCUCAUCCUCAACAAGAUCGAUCUCAUCCCUCCGCCGGUGCUGAAGAACUGGCUGGUCCACUUGCGCCGAUACUUCCCCACCCUGCCUCUGAAGGCCUCCAAUGGCACCGCCAACGCUCACAGCUUCGACCACAAGCAGUUGACCGUCAAGGGUACAUCGGAGACGCUUUUCAAGGCUCUCAAGUCCUACGCGCACGGCAAGAACCUGAAGCGGUCCAUCUCCGUCGGUGUGAUCGGUUACCCCAACGUCGGAAAGUCGUCUGUCAUCAAUGCCCUCACGGCCCGUCUCAACAAGGGCUCCAGCAAUGCAUGCCCUACCGGUGCCGAGGCCGGUGUCACCACUAACCUGCGGGAGGUGAAGCUGGACAACAAGCUCAAGCUGAUCGACUCCCCCGGUAUCGUGUUCCCGAACGCAGAGAAGAAGAAGACCAGGAAGAAGCAGGUGGAGGAGCGUGCACGUCUCAUUCUCUUGAACGCCAUCCCACCGAAACAGAUCGAGGACCCAGUUCCGGCCGUGUCCCUGCUUCUCAAGCGUCUCUCCGCCUCCGAAGACCUCAAGUCGAAGCUGUUGCAACUCUAUGGCAUCCCCGCUCUUUUCAACGCUGGCGACCAGACUCAUGACUUCCUGAUUCACGUUGCACGCAAGCGCGGUCGUCUGGGUAAGCACGGUGUGCCCAACAUCGAGGCCGCAGCCAUGACCGUGAUCAACGACUGGAGGGACGGACGGAUCCAGGGAUGGGUCGAUGCCCCUGUGCUGCCAGUUGUCGCCGCGACCGAUGGGGCUUCGGCUCCUGCGGCUGUUGCGUCGGGCGUGGAUACGAAACAGGUUGUCACUGAAUGGGCCAAGGAGUUCAAGAUCGAGGGUCUGUGGGGUGACGGCGCUGUUGAGGAGAUGGCGGAAUAA